AUGGUAGCAACGUUACACAAUGAGCAGCGCAAUGUGAUAAAGUUUUGCGUAAGUGCAAACAUGACACCGACGGAUACACAUAAAUUAAUGCAGAAAGGGAAAUUUCACGUUUCAAGAAGUUUAGUGUUUAAAUGGCAUAAAAGAUUUUCAGAAGGACUUGAUGAUGUAAGUGACAAACAGAGGACAGGGAGGCCUCGCCGAAGCGAGAGUGAAGUUAAACAGGUGCGCGAAAUCAUUUCAGAGGACAGGAGGAGAUCGGUGCGGGAAAUCAGUGACAUUACUGGCAUUAGUGUAACUGGUGUUCAUAAUAUCUUAACAGAGGAGCUUGGCAUGGGUAAAGUGUGCGCGCUAGGUGCCGCGACUCCUCCGAGACAACGAAAAGGAAACACGUGUUAG